AUGGCGGGGAGCCAUCCUGUAGCAGGAAAUCCACCUGCUGUACAGGUAGCUAGCCCUUUUGGGUUCGUCAGAGCCCUUGAAUGGGCUGCAGCGGAAAGGUUGCCCCAAAUGGCGACAUAUUGGGAAAUCAUUCUCUAUAUACAAGAGAACUUGGCUAUGGCGAACGGAGCCGUGCGACCUCUGGAAGCAUUGAAGAAUUGGGGCGACGACUUCGACCCUUUCGCGCGUAGAGCCUACAGCUGGCUUUUGGUUCAUCACGAAAGCCACUCGUCGGAGUCCGCCAUUGCUGGGAUCAGCCAUACAAGGCCACGACUUCGGCAACAGAUAAUAGACAGCCUGGCAUCCCACGAGAGGAUCAAUCGGAACACCAAUGUGAAGGGUGCUGUCGACCAAACAUUCCCGGACUCGAUCAAAUCCGAGGCGGACUUUUGGUCUCAAGAGGCUAUAACAAAGAGUAUCAACAACAGGACACCAGCGGCCUCGGCAAUCGCGGAUAUUCCACAAACGAGACAACAGCAAGCCGUGUAUAUACGAGAAAUGUUUGAUGCUCUGAAGAACACCCAGGACAUCAUUGAGAAAGCGAGCAACCACAAGGUAGGUACCGUCAAGUCAACCAGUGGAAGGGUGUUCCAAGAUAUUGCGUGGGUGCUAUACAGAGAGGCCCGAAACCUUCAACAGGGCAAGCCGGGUGUGAAGCCUUGGUGCACCUCAUUCAAGUACAAGCAGUACCCUACCAUGCGGGCUCGCUGGAAUGACAUGGUGGAAUUCUUUCAAACUUCAAAAGCAGCAGUGGCCAACCUGAUCGUCGCCCACAGCGAGAAGCGUUUUGCCGGUAACCCGACCCAAGAGAAACAACGCAAGACUGUCAACGACAAGGGCAACAAGAAGAAAGCGACCAAGAUGAAGGAAAAUGAGGAGAAGGCGGCCACACUCGACAAAGUUGUCAAGGAUACCACGGGUAAAGCCGCUGCUGCGAAGAGUGCUCCAGAUCAGGGCACAAAUAAAGAGUGGGACGCCGAAGCCAGUGAGGAUCUCGGCGGCGAUGGCGAGGCGGAAGAGACAGACUACGAAGCUGAAGAGUUUGAUGACAGCGCGAGAGAGCGUGAAGACAACGAUCACGAGUCUGACGACGAAGCAACGCGUCUCCUGCAGAAUGCCCAACAAGAUGUGGAUCGCUACGAUGACAUUCCAGAAGACCAGGACAGCGACGACUUGAAAUUUCAGUUCGGCCGCGCAAUGGGCGACUCUGCUGCUUCAACGGUUCCUUUGGCAGGAACUUCGCAACCGCAUGCUCCGGCCUACCCUCCAUUACCCGGCUCGAUCGGCCAUCGGCGACAGGUCCGAGCUAUAUCCCCCGACGAAGGACACCCUCCAAGCAUCAUGCCUUCCAAUGAUCACGAGUCAUACCACCCUUGUUAUGCUGGCGGUUUGGUGAGCCCAAAUGUUCAGGGUCAGUACAUCGAUGAUGCCAGCAGAAAUGACCUCGGCUCGUCACCGCUAUCCGGUCAACCCAUGGAUUAUCUGGAACACACACUGCACCGGUACAUUAGCCCGAGUUCUCCCGAGCCCACUAGUGGGAUUGGCUUCAUGGGCCAGGCGCAGCCGCAAGAGGGAAGAGGAAGCGAUACCGCAGUCGGUACUUGUCGCAUCGCCCAUAUGCCGCUCAACACCGGCACUAGUGGUGUCGGUGGAGGAGCACAGAACAACAGUGAUCCGCAGGAUAGUACCAACUCUUCUCGUUCUCGGGCUAGGAGGAACAGACACAGCUCCGAAGACGGCAGCGACACUCGAGCUGAGGCUCCUCCCAGGAGGCGUCCCCGUAUUUAG